ACAGUUUAGGUUGGCAACAUCGGUGUGAGUGCUACGCGAGGCGCAUAGAGCAGGCUAUAUAUUUUCGCUUCAGGAUAAAACUCGUUAAAAGGUUCAAAAUACCCCCAAUAACGGAGGACGAGUUGUCAACUGGCGGGGGAUUACCGCUGAGGUUGCUGAUGGACGAUGAAGAGGAGGACAUGUUUCGACCCAUCUCGCGUUGCUGGGGGACCCCUUUCAUGGAUGUCAAAUUCGAGGAACGAACCACACAGACAAACAGCUUGGCCAUUGUCCCUGGGAGAGGCAGUGGCAUGCUGCCCUGUCGAUUAGCACAAGAGUCCAGGCCGUUCUUCCGUGGCAACGCUGGACUUCGCUGGCAUUUCCCUGCGCUCUUUGAGCCCGCCCAGGGCCUUGGGGGCCUGGAGGAUGAGCGGGAGGCUUCGCGGCCAGAGGGAGGCGAGGUGGAGGAGCGGGAGGUGGCGGAGGAGCGGGCGGUGCUGGAGGAUGGCCCCAGAUUAGCCCAGAGACCGCUGAGGGUGGCCGAGGAGGAGGAGGAGGAGGAGGAGGAGGCCCACAUGAGCGUGGAGGUGCAGAUCGGACGCAAGCUGCGCGAGAUCGGCGACCAUUUCAACCAGGAGCAGCUGCAGAUGCUUGCCCGACACCAAAGAGACCAUCUGCCGCUGUGGUGGCGCGCUGGUGCCGCCGUCUUUGGCUACCUGCUCCAGAGGGUAGACGUGGCCCCUGCUGCCCGACACGGCAACCCAAGAUGAGAGGGGAGCCGCAAGGGGUUUCCCAGGCAUGCGCACAGGGGCCCCCCUCAGCACUCUCAAGAGACUUUUUCAUUUUCUGAUGGCACUGUAGGACUUUACGACGGGUUUGGAUGGCACGAAUGGGAAUAAUUGACUGAACGAGACUGACUACCAGGGAAGGGUGGGUGAUGAAGAAGGUGGCUCUCUCCGCAGGACGGAGACAGAAUCUUUUUUGUUUGUUUGUUUGUUUGUUUGCUAGUUUUUCUUUUUUUUUCCAAUGUUAUGAAGAAGCCAUGCUUUGUGAAGAGAUAUUUUUAAUGAAAAACAAAUGUAAGAUAAAGUAUUUUGUUCAGUAUGUUGAAAAAGUUUUUUUUUUCCUUAUUGGUUUCAUUCGUUCAUCUUUUAAGGACCUUUUGACAGUUCAGCUAUUGCCUUACUCCUUCCUGCAACAGUGGAAUAUAACAACAAAACAGAAUGGCGGAGAAUGGGAAGGGAACGUUUGGUGGAGAUUCCAUGCUGAAGAAUCUGAACUUGAUGACAUGACCACAGUGCACUAUUAAUUCCACCGCAGUUGGUUGCGGUUCCUUGCUGGCUCAUUUGGACAGGUUUCUCUUCUGUAGUACUGAAUUGUUCUUAGAUAAUAGGUCAGUUUGACUUAUUUGCCAGUGGCUGUUGACUGAGAUUUUUCUGUAUCUCUUUUGCCUGUGUCUUAUCUCCUGCGGUCUUUAAACCCGGGUCUGCUUGGACCUUUAAGGUCCUCAGUAUGCUGGUCUUUUUUGUGUCACAGGCUCAAAAAUUGGGCCUGAUCUUUUUAUACUGAGCAGAUCAAGAGACAUGAGCUCUUUUAUACCAUAUAUUGUCUCUUGUGGACUAGGCAAGCCUUUAUAACCACAAUAAGAACUGUCUUGUGAAUUGUCACUGAGAAACAAAUGUUUUGUUUUUACAUUUUCUGUGAACAUUUGUUUCUUACCUGAAACGAAGCAGUUAAAAAAUGAAUUUUGAAAUUUUCUGAAACAUUUACUGUGAGCACAAAAUUAUUUCAUACAAAAACAAAACAACAAGCUGAAGACAGAUCCAAACAGACUUGACCUGUGGUGGUUGUAUAAAGGUGCUACUGUUUGGUUAUGACACAGUUCGACCACUUUAAGAAGUUCUCUUGGCCUUUGCUUUCAACUCUUGUACACAACUGAGUGUACAUAUAUAUUCAAAAGGAUGAUUUGCUGUUUUUUGUACGAGUCUCUUUGAACACCCCCUCAGCGGGCACUCAGUUGCACUCGAGCUGAUAAGCCCUCCCUGGUUCUCCGGAGCUGCAUCGCUAUGAUGGAGGCCAGUAGUCGCUCUGGAACCUUAAAGAUCAAAUGCUGUUGCAGUCAGAUCAGCACAAAUAAUGGCCGAUUCCCUUAGGAUCAAUCAUCUUUGCCUUAUUUGUCUAAUCUACCCGGAGUCCCUUAAGACAAUAAAUGAGGAGUGUUGUGGGGGGGGGUGAAGAGUUUAAUGAAAUAGCAGAGAAAACAGUUUUAUGAAGAUUUCACAACAGAAGAAGAUGUUUAUAUUUAGAUAUUUUUUACAAAAGUGAUUGAAGACAUUGGUUAUGUUUGUUUUACAUUCUAAGUCUUAGUUAUGAGUUCUCAGUAGAGUAAAACACCUGUCGAGAGUCAGACACAAAAGAAACAAAAAAAAAACGAAAGUGAAUUUGCCUCUGUAAACAAACAAUCUCAGGGGUUGGUACAUUCAGACUUGGGAAGCAUUUCACUGUCCCCAACAUUCGACUUUAUUUUUUGCAAAGCCAAGACUGAGUGACAUUGGAUGGAUACAGAGAUUCAUAUCACCCAAAUUCCAUCUUCCAUCAGUCAUUGCCUCGUCCAGUAGCUCUCAACUAUUUCGGUUCUUAGGAAAAGGAUUUUAUGAGCCAUAAACCAUGUACAAUGUCAAUUCCUGUACAUUCCCCAACCUUUGGAUUUCCUGACCAAUGGAGUAAUGUUCAUAGAUGGCAAUCAUUGUAAUUCAGCGUUCACUGAGCCAUUCAUCCAAAGACUGUGUGCAUGCACAUACUCUUGCGUUUUUCCAAUGUCACUCCUUCUUAAUGUCAUGUUUUUUUUAUAUUAUUUGCCUCAAGUCAUUGUAGUUUGUUUGAAAUAAUUUAUUGUAAUUUAUUUGGUCUGUAUUUUGCUCAGUGCUACUAUAUAUUUGGAUUUCUGGAUAUGUGCAGGUUACUUGUGCAUUCAGUAUGGAUAGUUUGGUGUGCCUCUUACAACUGUGGGUCAGAGAAUAUAUAACAAAAAACACCUGUAGACAAUCAAAGACAUCAAAUGUGCCUUGUGUCCAGCAGACCCGCAACACAAUCAGCGAGUCUCUGCAGUCUGUGUUCUAUGCGAGACGAAACAAUCUCAAGGCUUCGAAUGGGCAGACGCUUGUCAGGAAUAAUGAGUUUGACAUGAUAUGCUGUCUCCUGUCCACUUUGACCGCUUCCACGGCCCACAGUCUUUAUAGCCCCAAACUGUUCAAAUCAAAAAGACCAUCUGCAACAACGUGUGCACUGGACCGUCUUUGAAAAGACAUGUUUUUAUACCUCUUUGCAUUCUCUGGAUUUGACCCUCUGUCCUUGCUCUCACAAGCUUCUUAAAACACGACUUUGUGGAAGUGUAAUUUUAAUGAAAUUCUAUGUCACCUGAGGGCUGGUCAAUUUAUUUUUGUCGAAAUAAGACAGUACGAAUAUAUUCAGUAUUAUCUUCAGGAGGAUUUUUAGCCCAGGUUGAAUCCUCUCUUCAAAUUCCUUCAUUAGUGACUCUGUGUAAAACAUGCCUUUAAAAGGAACAUUUUUGAGAUUGUUGGCAAAAAAACAAACAUUUGUUUUUCCUAAAGGAAAUCCAGGGACUUUCAAGUCUCACUGCUAUUUGUAACUUUGGAAUAAGAACAAGUUUCUAUGGAAACAUCCUUUUGUAAAAAAAAAAGAACAAAAGAACAAAAAUGAAAAAUUGAAAGAGAGGAGGGUUUGCCAUGUCGCUCACCUUAACACAUUUUCUAUUAAUCUAAAAUUGCAUGUGAAUAACUUAUGAAAUUUGUAUCUUAAAGGUUUUGAAUGUAAUGUAACUGAAUUCCCCCCCCCAAAAAAGGCAAUCGGUUAAGUAAAUGUUAAGAAAUGUUUCUGAAUGUCAUUUUCAGAUCUCCAGUCUUGUCAGUAAACUUUGUGAGACGCAUAUCUGACAAUCACUUAAGUCUGAUCUGUGUCACAAAUGAACCGUAAAGUGAAACCACACAAGGAGGCGAUGGAUCUAUCUUAACCAAUACCUUCAGAUUACAUUCAACAACAAUGGCAUUUUAUCAGUGCUGUCUUAACAGUUGAAUGCCUGCUGUACAAAGUGGUAGUGCCCUGUUGAGAAGAGAGAAAAAGCAUAAACUGUUUUCUUGGAGACUAGUCUAGCCUCAUUAUGUACAGUAGAGGGUACAGCAAAGGCUGUAAAACAAUGGAGCCCAAAGCACACCAGGUGACACCAAAUGAGAAGCCAUCUCACCACAGUCUUAUGGUUCCCCUCCAGUGAUUAUGGGGUGACGGUGACAAUCGUGGAGGGGAACAGCUUAUAUGGAUUUGUGAUGCCAUGACUUAUUUUGACACCUAUGCCAGUUUAGGCAGGUAGCUGUGGCGCUUUGUUGUCUAUUGUAGUGUGCGAGGGAGGUCAAGGACAUUUGUUUCUCAAGUGCAAUAUGCUGUACAUAGGAGCUUGGCUCUAUGAAUCAUUCCUUUCUUGCAUUUUCGUUGUUCAAUGGGAAAUUAUUGUCAUUUUUCAUUAAAAGUUUUUUCAAAGGUUCAAA